CGACGACGGGCGACGGCGAUAACGAUACCCGAAGUCGAACAAGCAUAUCCGGUCAUCCUACGCGAUCCUCGGCGACGCAGAACGACGCCGCGCGUCCGCACGUUAGCAUGAAACUCGCGCCCGUCGCCGAAGUGUUCCCGCGCCGACCGACCCCGUUCGCAGGCACAGUUCGCACGAUCAUUCCACACUAGGCGAUUUCGUCGGUUCGUUCGUUCCGAUUGUUCGUUGAACCGUUCUUCGUCGACCGAGGAGUACCAUGAUGCAGGAGCACAAGUCGUUUCUUAUACGGGAUCUCUUAGGCGACGUGCUGACCGAAAGGGUACACGGGGACUCCGAGGAUGAUUCCGCGGUUCACUCGGACUCCGAGGACACGAUAGACCCUGGCAGCAGUCCCUGCACUCGCCUGGAGAGCCCUCCGCCGGCCUUGUCGCCUUCACCGACGGCAGCCACUUCCGGUAAGAACUGCGGAACCACCAGUGGUCCUCCCAGCGGGAGGAAGCCGAGAAGAAGACGAACAGCGUUCACCCACGCUCAACUGGCUUACCUGGAGCGGAAGUUCCGGUGUCAAAAGUACUUGAGCGUGGCGGACCGCAGCGACGUGGCCGACGCUCUGUCGCUCUCGGAAACGCAAGUCAAGACGUGGUACCAGAACAGAAGGACCAAGUGGAAGCGACAGAAUCAACUGCGGCUGGAGCAGCUUCGGCACCAAGCGACGGUAGAGAAGGAGCUGCUGGUUCGGGGCGUGGGCCUCCACCACGGCAGCAUAGACGCCUACUGUCCACCUUACAAUGCCCAGACCCAAACUCAAAGUCAUCCGCCUCCACCGCCGCCUCCCCCGGCACCCUCCAGCGCGUCGACGGCCGCGUUCCUGUCAACCGCGGCGGCUCUCUUCCGGAACGUGACCUACGUCCACGGAUGUCCCCUUUAACCCGCGCGAUCGCCACGGUUUCAGGAUCGUCUCCGUUCCGACGUCGCCGACCCCCUUCACCCGGAGGAGACCGGCACCAUCCCGAACGAAGUGGGCCCACCGUCGACGACCGCCACGUCGCGCGCCGCCCGAUGGCUUCUGUGGACUCGAAAUGUCGCGAACCGAUACAGUUUGCCGCGGUUCCUGGAACUUUGCGCCGAGCUCGCCGCGUCGGCGAGAACAGCUUCGCGGAAGCUCGACGCGUUCCGGUGCAGAGGGGCCGGAAGCCUGCUGGUCCUGCGAUGGUGAAGUGCGCGGACAGAGGAACGACGUGGAAACGAUCGUCGCCGUUGAGAUCGUAAACAAGGGACGCGUCGUCAGGCAUGGACAGUCCCAUGAGUGACGAAUCCAUCCCCGGAGUUGUUUCACGUGUUUAUUUGCUGCAUGCGAGACAGUGUACAUAUGUAAUUAAAAAGUUCGCUGGGUAGACGUAGUUCAGUUUGUUUCCGCUUUCCGACGAGGACGGACGGGAAAUCUGUGCACCGUCGGCGACAGAGCGUCCUUCUCGGUCGGAACGGAAGGUUAAUCGCGCGCAGUCUAGCUGAGCCGGUAGAGGGAAUGAGAGAGAAAGCGAGAGAGCGGGAGAGAAUGCGAGAGAAAGUGAGAAGGAAGAAGGUUCGUAGCUGUACAAUAGAAUCUUAGGUAAUCAUAAUCAGACGGGAAACUGCGGCGACGAGCAUGGCCGCCGUUUCACGGCCGGUUUUCGUUUAGAGGAUUUAGUCGGUCACCGCUGACGAUCGAUCACCUUCUCCAGCUAGUCGACGAUCUUUUUGC